UACGUGAUAAAAAUUCAAGACAAUGUGUUUGAUAGCCAAGAUUAUAACUUGGAUCAUGUGUUAUAUUUACAAAUUUUGCGUAAAGGCAGACCCUGGUUUGAUUAAAUGAGCAAGAAUGAAAUAGGGAGUUACGCCUCCGCAGAAAAGGCAAAACCACAGAAUCGCGAGGCGCGGUGGUUCUCCUCUACUGGCGAUUCACUUCGAUUGUAGCCCACCCUUGAAAGAUGAGUUCUACGCAACAAGGUAGCAAUGAUAUCGGACGUGGUAGAGUUAACAAAAGUGACAAGACACGCCGUUGUUGGUCGUUGAAGGAGGAAGAAAUCCUCCUUGCAUCUCUCAAAGAAAUUGUUGCACAAGGGUGGAGAUACGGCAAUGGUUUUAAGCCUGGCUACUUGAAGAGGUUAGAAGAAGCCAUGAAAAAGAAAUUUCCAACUACAGAUCUUAAGGACGUUCCCCAUAUCAACUCGAAGCUUACUACGUGGAAGAAGAAUUACCACUCUCUCAUGAGGAUGCUCAGGCGAGAUGGUGUAAGCUUCAAUUUGAAAGGGACUCACAUGAUUGAUUGUGACAACGAUCAAUGGGAGCAAAUCGUCAAGCUUGAUAGCAAUGCUAGGCUCAUGCGCUAUAAAUCAUGGCCAUUGUUGGAUGAUUGGAAAGAAAUCUUCGGCAAGGAACGAGCAACUGGGCCAUUUUUGGAUGAUUGGAAAGAAUUCUUCGGCAAGGAUCAAGCAACCGGACAGAAGGCCGAGGAUGUUAAAGAAGCUGUUAAUGAGAUAUUACCCGAGGAGAACUUAGCAGAUGCAGGUGUAGCUGAUGCAUAUCAUGUCAACAUAGAAGACAUGGUCGAAAACAGCCCACCAGUAGAUAGUGUUUGUCAAAGUGAGCAAGGUGAUCAGCAAGCCAACAAGAAAGAUGCAGGUGUAGCUGAUGCCUAUCAUGUCAACAUAGAAGACGAAAACAGCCCACCAGUAGAUAGUGUUUGCCAAAGUGAGCAAGGUGAUCAGCAAGCCAACAAGAAACGCAAGAUUAUUGAUGGUAUGCAGGCUGUGUGUGAGCUACUCGGUGAUAUGCAUCGGAAUAUAAAUGCUAGACAUGAAACUUUGGCAAGUCGAAUUGGGCACGAGUUUGAGUUAGGGAAGGCAAGGAAGGAGUUGUUCAAUCUCUUAAGCAAUAUACCCGGCCUAUCCCUAGAUGACAAAUUCGAUGUGUGUGAAAUUCUUGCUGACAAGGUGGAACGUCUUGAGGUUUUCAUGGGAUUGCCGGAUUCUGUUAAACCACAAUACGUGAUGCGUCUCAUCAAAUCUAAGGGGAAGUAACGAAGUGGUGUUUGUCUAUUUUUUGACCAUUUUGACCAAGCAUGUAGCUCCCUUGUGUAGUAAGGACCUUUUAAGGGCAUUUGGUUUAGUGUAUUUUGGUGAAGGGGAAGUAGAAUAGGAUGUAAAAAGCUUUCUAAUUUACUACAUGGAGCCGUAACAGCAGUUAAGAUUCUGAUAUGAUGUGUGCUAUUGAAACCGUUUCUUUGGAAUUGAAGCAGUUUUUGAGGUUGUAAUUUAAUUAAGACACUUUUAUGGAGCUAAUUGAAGCCUUUUUUAUGGA